AUGAGUUCCAACAAUCCUACAGCAGGACCAAUUAUUUCAAAUUCAAAUGAUCAACAAGAAGAGGUUAAUGAUUCAGAUACAAAUAAUAGCAUCCAGUCAAAUAAUUCCGACAACAAAGGAGAAGAGUUAAAUAAGAAUGUUAAUUACUACUACAAAUUAUUAAUCAAAAAGAAAUUAGACAUAAGUAUUUAUUCCGAAUUUUUUCUCGGAUUAUUCGAACCCCAAUAUAUUAAUACAUUUCGCCCUGAUCCAAUUCAUCCAAAUCAAAUUCCUACAAUUACUACUGAUUAUACUGGUGCUUUAAAUGGAUUAACUUCAGAUAAUGAAAUUUUUACAAUAAAUGGAUGGGCAAAAAUUGGAGAUGUUGAUUUUGCAAAAACUCAAAUUGCUAAAGUAAAUUUUGCUCAAAAAUUUUUUACAUUUGGUUUUCCUAAUUCAGUCAAAACUAGUCAAACUGGAGAUGUUUUAGUUAGGGAUUUUGAAUCAUUGACUACUUCAGCUGGUAAGGAAUUAGCUAUUAAAACUUUACGUACUCCAAGAAAAUCAGAAUUAUCGUAUGAAAUUAGAGUUCCUCCAUUGGCUUCGUAUAGUAAAAUUGGUGAAGCAGGAAUUGAAUUUAUGGUUACAGCAUUCCAUUUACCUAGCACUGUUUAUUAUGGUGCUAUUCAAACAGACAGAAGUACAGUUAAUGAAAUUUUGAAUAGAUUUGGUUUUACUCAAAACACUUUUACCUCCAUUUUGCAAUUGUUGGCUCUUUGGAUUUCUCAUGGUUCAAUUGAUCAUCGAAAAAAUAGAGUUGCAAUCACCACUAGUCAAAGCUUUGAAUUUUUAUAUAUACUUCAUUUGUUUCUGGAGGUAGGUUGGACAUAUAAUGAACAUUUCGAAUGCAGAUGCUACCCUAGUCAACCAAAUUUAAAAUAUUUUUAUUUUAAAGAUUCACCAUUUAAAGAUUUCAUAUGGAAUUUGUUUUCAAGUAAAUAUGGAGGGAGUGGUCGAAAACAUAAAGUUGACAAAUAUACUGAAGCUUUAGAUUUUUUAUUACAAUUAUCACAAUGGGAAAUUGAUAAUUUUUUGAAAGGUUUAAGUAUUGGUGUAAUUGGGUCUGGUCGAAUUUUUACCUCAAGUGCUGGUCUUAAAGAUCUUUACAUGAAAUUAUUAUGUCUCGCUGGUCAUGGUUCAAGUUGUGUUGAGUAUACCAAGUCUCGUGCUAAUACCAAAUAUGCUAUCAAUAUUUUGUAUUGUAAAAAUGUCAAAUCAUUUAGCAGUGCCCAUUCAAUAAAAAUUGAAUCAACAGCGGCACGUACCAUGAACACAAAGGUUAUAUCGAUUGAUGUCGGCAAUGCUUUUUUAAUCGUUAGAGGUGCUUUUUCAAAUGGUUCAUCUGGUAGGUCUGUUUUAGUUCCAGGAGAAAAACAUCAUUCAAUUCAUGAUAACCAAAUGUGA